UUCUAACUGCUCAGACGGAAAGGGAAACUGAGAAAGAAGAGAGAGUGUUGUUUUGACAGAUGCCGCUGUAGUUUGUUGUUAUUUUUUCCGGCCGUAAAUUGAAAUGUAACAAAGGACGAUUGUCGUAAAAAGAGUAAUUCGGUACUCCCCAAAUCCAAGAUGGGCUCAAUCGUGCCAGAAGACCAUGUCUACGUUACGCCAACAAGAGCUGUCACUUCUAUGGCCGACAUGGAAAAAUGGAAAAAAUCAAAAGCAUACCAUGAGUACCUUGGCUUUAUAAAAACACUAAACGAUGCUGUCAGGGGUAAAGCUCUCUCCUGUGAGAGUUCAAAGUCUGAUACAAUAUGUGGUAUAUUAGAUUUACUGGAUACGUUGGAUAAAUGGAUAGAUGAAAUUCCACCACAGGCGCAAGCUCAGAGAUUUGGCAACAAAGCAUUCAGAACUUGGUUUGCAAGACUUCAAGAAAAAGCAGAACACCUGCUGCAGGCAGCCUUACAACCCAAGUUCCACCGAGCUAUUCCUGAAAUUGUGGUGUAUUUAGUUGAAGGCUUUGGAAAUUCAACUCGAAUUGAUUACGGUACAGGUCAUGAAAUGGCAUUUCUUAUGUUGCUAUGUUGCUUGUUCAAGAUUGGAGCCUUUGUUGAAACUGACACUGUGGCAGUUGUUACUUGUGUUUUUAAUAGGUACUUAACUUUGGUCCGCAAACUUCAGCUGACGUACAGAAUGGAACCUGCAGGAAGCCAUGGUGUGUGGAGUUUAGAUGAUUAUCAGUUUGUCCCUUUUAUUUGGGGAAGUUCUCAGCUUAUAGAUCAUUCACAGAUUGAGCCUAAAUCUUUCUUAGUAAAUGAAGUUGUUGAGGCCUAUUGUGAUGAUUACUUAUUUUUAGGGUGUAUUAAAUUUAUUAAUCAGGUAAAAACUGGGUUAUUUGCGGAGCAUUCAAACCAGUUAUGGAAUAUCAGUGAUGUUCCCUCAUGGUCCAAAAUAAAUUCUGGUCUGAUCAGGAUGUACAUUGCAGAAGUGCUGGAGAAGUUUCCUGUUGUACAACAUGUUUUAUUCGGUUCAUUAAUGUCCAUUGAAGCAGCCCCCUUAAGCCAUUUCUCUGAAAGAGGCGUAGGAUCUGUGAGGCCUAGGCCACCUGACUCAUUCCGUGCCCCACCACCACCCAAAAAUUAAACCCAGACAAAGCUAAAUGGUAUUUUAUAUUUUACAUAAAUUUAUACCUCUGCAUUUACAAAAUUAAAUUUUAGAGCUAUUUCAGGAUCAUCAUUUGUAUAUAUGCUUCAACUAAUGAAAUACCAAAAAAGUAAUGAUUCUUAUGCAGUCACUUUAAAUUUGUAAAAUUUCUUACCAAAAUUGCGACAGUGUUAGAUACUGUAAAAUAUGUAUUUUAAUAAAUAACUUAUUGUAUACAAAUCUUAGUACGUUACUUACUUUUUCUUUCUGUGUUAAUUUUUGAGUUUCUGUGAAUGGCGUUGAGUAUUACGGUUGAGAUGCUGACAAGGGCAAGAAUGUGGAAUGUAAGUUAUUCUACAGUUAUUACUGCUGUUUUUCAGUGUCUUGAAAAUGUUGUGAGAACUCUCCUUUCUGGAAAAUAAAAUCUGAUCUACCAGAGUAUAAA